AUGGGAGUUUCCGCCGCCGAAAAGAAGGCUAAGCAUGUCUCAAGCCCAGCUCCUCCGGCCUACACCAAAGACGAAACUUAUCUUCAGACCGUAAUACCCAAACGCAUUGAGCUUUUCGAAUCCUUGAAAAAUCAACAGAACCUCAGUCGCCUUUCGCUUUCUCCUGAUCCCAUCCAGAUUACAUUGCCGGAUGGGAAGGUGAAAGAAGGCAAGAAGUGGAGCACGACGCCGUUUGAUGUUGCCAAGGAGAUAUCAAAGAGUUUGGCGUCAAACGCGUUGAUCUCGAAGGUAAAUGGGGUGCUGUGGGAUAUGAGCCGGCCAUUGGAAGGAGACUGCAAGCUCGAGCUGUUUACCUUUGAUACUGAUGAGGGCCGUGAUACCUUCUGGCAUUCAAGUGCACACAUUCUUGGCGAGUCAUUAGAGCAGGCAUAUGGGUGUCGAUUAUGCAUUGGGCCUUGCACUACAAGGGGGGAGGGGUUUUAUUAUGAUGCAUUUUAUGGUGAUCUGGGACUGAAUGAGGACCACUUUAAACAGAUUGAAGCAGCUGCCAAGAAAGCUGUUGAUGAAAAACAACCCUUCGAGCGCAUUGAAGUCACAAGGGAACAGGCUCUUAACAUGUUUUCGGACAACCAGUUCAAGGUUGAAAUUAUCAAGGAUUUGCCAGAGGAUAAAACAAUCACAGUGUAUAGGUGUGGUCCGUUGGUUGAUCUUUGUCGUGGACCUCACAUACCUAACACAUCUUUUGUGAAAGCAUUUAGCUGUUUGAAGGCAUCAUCAGCUUAUUGGCGUGGAAAUAAAGACGUGAAAGUUUGCAAAGAGUCUAUGGCAUAUAUCCAGAUCAAAAACAGUCAGUACUGGAAGAGAGGCUAUGAAGAGGUGUGGACUCCAAAUAUGUACAAUAUGCAGCUGUGGGAAACAUCUGGUCAUGCAGCAAACUACAAGGAGAAUAUGUUUGUGUUUGAGGUGGAGAAACAAGAAUUUGGACUCAAGCCAAUGAACUGCCCUGGCCAUUGUCUUAUAUUUGAUCAUAGGGUCCGCUCAUAUAGAGAACUUCCUCUUCGCCUGGCUGAUUUUGGGGUCCUGCACCGGAAUGAAGCGAGUGGUGCACUAACUGGUUUGACUCGUGUCAGGAGAUUUCAGCAGGAUGAUGCCCAUAUUUUCUGCAGGGAAUCGCAGGUUAAAGAUGAAGUGAAGUCUGUGUUGGAAUUCAUCAGUUAUGUGUACGAAGUGUUUGGCUUCACUUUUGACCUAAAGUUAUCUACGAGGCCGGAGAAAUAUCUUGGGGACUUGGAAGUAUGGGAAAAAGCUGAAGCUGCUCUUGCAGAAGCACUAAACGAGUUUGGCAAACCUUGGGAGAUAAAUGAAGGUGAUGGAGCAUUCUAUGGGCCUAAGAUUGACAUCAGUGUUUCUGAUGCAAUGAGAAGGAAGUUUCAAUGUGCUACUUUGCAGCUGGACUUCCAACUCCCUGCUCGUUUCAACUUAUCCUACUCAGCAGAAGAUGAAACUAAGAGGGAGAGGCCUGUUAUGAUACACCGAGCUAUUCUCGGUUCUGUUGAACGAAUGUUUGCAAUACUUUUGGAGCAUUACAAGGGCAAGUGGCCGUUUUGGCUUAGUCCACGACAAUCAAUAGUUUGCACUGUAUCCGACACAUACGUGCCUUAUGCACUAGAGAUUCGGGAUCGCAUACACGAGGCUGGGUUCUUUGUUGAUAUUGACACUACUGACAGAACAGUUCCAAAAAAGGUACGAGAAGCUCAAUUGGCUCAGUACAACUAUAUAUUAGUUGUUGGCGCGCAAGAAACUGGAACCGGAAAGGUGUCUUUGCGGGUUAGAGGCGGCAAUGAGUUUGAAUCCAUAAGCGUUGAAGGUCUCUUGAAUCUAUUCAAGGAUGAUGUUGCAGCUUUUAGGUAG